AUGACUUCAAACAUUAAUUGGGAAGAAUUAUCUCCUGAAUUGGAAAAAAAUUGUUUCAAUUCUCAAAUCUCUACAAGAAUUGCUUUCUUGGAAGAUGUACAACAAUUGAUAAAAUCUGAAACUUUAGAGGCACCACAAUUGGGCCAAAUCUCAAUCACAUUAUUAAAAACAUUCGUAUCAUAUACUGAUGCUAAGUCUAAAGCGCUCGUUAAGACCAUGUUCGCCGACAUCCUGAAAGUGGAGCCUCGCUUGUACGAAAAAUACAUUUCAUUUAUCGUAGACCAAGUUAACAAAUCUCUUGGAUCAAGAGCUUUUGUAGAUUACUUAAACUUAUUAGAAUGGGUCCAUGAAUUUUUGAUUCUAACUUCUAAAGACGAUGAUCUUUUCACCUCUAAUUUCCAAAAAUUGUUAGUGGCUCAUUGUUCGAUCACAUACAGCAUUGAAUAUUCAAUUGAUAACCAAGAAGUUAACAAGAAAACAAAUGCAAAUAGAAAUCAACAUAGAAAUAGAGUACGUCGCAGCAUUUUACAAUCCACUACCAAGACAUUAACUAAAAUAUUCAACAGAGAUGACGAUAAUAUCACUCAGGCUACUCAGCUCAUUUCUUUUGUUCUAGAGGAAUAUGUUACUGCAAAAUUACCAAUGACUGGUAUUGUUGUUUUAAUGGGUGCAUUCACUCAAAGUUUUAUUCAAAUUUCUUCCUCAAAGCCUGCCUAUUUUCAAUUAUUGAAGGAUAAAUACUUAAUCAAGUAUUGCGAAUUUAUUGGUAAAGAGAUCAUCCUUGGGAAGAUUCCACCAUCACCAUUCUGUCUUGAAAUCUCAUUAAGACCCUUUAUUAAAGAGUUUGUCAAUCAAGAGUUAUUUAACUCCUAUUUCGUCCCAAAUAUGGAAAAAGCUAAUCUGAGGGCACCAGAAACUGGUUUCACAACAUCGGCUGAAUUAUUUGCAGCUGUCAACUUAGAGAAGGUUAACACUUUACACUUAUUUGUUACCACUAAAUUAAUUACCCAAGUAUUCUCUUCGUUAAAGAGUUCCAAGGAAGGGACAAAAAAUUCCGCCUUCAAUUUUAUCACCACUCUACUCAGCUCACUGGACGCUAAGUAUAUUACUGAAGAAGAUAUGGUAAAACUUGUAAAUGAAAUCUUUAAAAACAUAAAAACCAACUUGAAUGCUGACUACAAAAUUCUAGCAUCAAAUAUUCUAAAGUGUAUUCCAGUAUUUUCACAAGAAGUUUCAUUACUUAUUGCAAAUGGUUUAAAUACAUAUAUUUCCAAAGAAACCAAUGAAAAUGCUCUGUCCAAUAUGUUAUUAGCAUUUUUCUUAAAUUUUACAUUCCUAGAAAGUUCUAACGAUGAUUUUGACAAAACCGUCGAGAGUGGUCUUUCGAAUAAGAAACCAAGUUUGAAGAAAAUUUGGUGCAGUUCCUUUUUAGGAGGCUCUCCAAGUGCUUCUGUUGCAACUAUUGAGAAAUUUGAACACGUUUUCUUAGAAUUUAUUACAGAAACCCUAAGCCACAACCAAAAUUAUGACCAUUUUGCCAUCUAUGCUUGUCUUAAAUAUAUUGUACAUGUCCACACAGUAAGCUCAGAUAAACUAAGGAGCAAUGUUUUGGAAACUGUAAGGAAUUUACCAAAUAACAGGGAUUUAGGUAAUGCGAUGACAAUUGUUGCCUUAUCCACUGUCUUGAAUCCUUCUGAUAGGAUAAACGUUGUUACUUUAUUAGGAAAGCUUUUCAAAUUAGAACCUGAACUGCUGGGUCUAAGUGUUGUUGAAGCUUUAAAGUAUAGAAUUAUCGCCGAUAAAGAUGCCAGUGAGGACUCAAUCUCCUUCAAAUUUUGCACGCCACUUUUUACAGCGAUUUCUCAACCUAUAGAUGAUAAGGGUGCCCUAGAAAAGAUUAUUAUCGCUGAAUUAUUUAUUGCCGAGCAUGAAGAAUUCCACUUGAAAAAUGGCUGGGCUGGUUUAGCCCUCUUAGCCAGUCUAGAUCCAUCAGCAAUUGUUAAAAGUAAUAUCGCAAAAAUAAUGGAUAAUUUAGAUAUUCUUAUAAAUGAUGUCGAAGUAUAUGAAAGCAAACUGAGAGAUUGCAUCCUGAAAAGUGUCGCUUACAUUUGCUUUAUCAAUCCUGAUGUUGCGGUUCCUGCAGUAACUAAGUUUUUCCAAAAAUGUCUUGCUACUGGUUGUUUAUCCAAGUUCACAGAACAAGACUUUACAAUCUGGAAUGGCGAGGAGGGAACUAUGGUAAUAGAUGUUCUUGAAAAGAAGAAUGCUAAACAACUCUCUGACAAGAAUACUAAAGACUACGAAACUCUACAAUGGGAACAGAAAAUUAGAAAAGAACAAGAUAAGAAAACAAAAAGAAAAUAUACAAAAGAAGAAAAAGAGCUUGUUGACGAACAAUUAGAAAAGGAAUCUAAAAUAAGGACCAAUAUAUCGAAGGUAAUGCGUUCUCUAAGUAACGGUAUUACAAUCAUUGACUUCUUGAGUCACCAAGCUCAAUUAGUCGACAAUGGAAGUGGUGCAUGGUUUCCAUCCGCUGUUUCAUCACUGUUAACAUUAAUGAAAGAGAAAAAUUGCAAACACCUAGUAGGUCAGAAGGCCAUUAAUGCAUUACUAACUUUAUCCAACAAUACAUCCGAAAGAUUGGGUGGCAUUAAAUUAUACGUAGGUGUUGCUAUCCUUCGCGUUAAUAAAAUUUCCAAUGUCCCAGAAAACUUUACCGAGGAACCUUUGGACGAGUUAUUAUCAAGAGUUUUAUUCAGAGUGAAGUUUGUAGCUAAUCAAAUGGCCUUAGAUGCUGUAAGCUUGGCAUAUUUGUUACCGUUAUUAAUCAACGUACUGGAAGAAGGUAAACGUGUAGCCUUAAAAAAUGCUGAUAAACCAGUUGCUAGAACUGAAUUUGUUGAAGAGGAUAAAGAAGAAGAACAUUUAAUGUUGGCUAUGGAGAUCAUUUCCGUACAUGCUGAGGUUUUCGAGGAUCCUUCAAUUCCAAGAGCACCAAUUAUGAAUGUCUUGAUGUCACUAUUAGGUUUAGCUUCAAAAGCAAAAAAUGCUAAAGAAUGUUUGAAUGUCUUAUGUCAAAGUAUAUCCGUAUCACCAACAGAUGAAGACUUAAAGAUUAUGCUAGACAAUCUUCUAUCGCCAAAUCCAUUUGUUAGAUCAACUAUCUUAGAGAUCAUAGACAACGAAUUUGAACUAGAGACUAAUAUGAAAAACUCAGCCGAAAUAUUUAUUUGCAGAUUUGAUUCAGAGGCAAAUAAUCGAGAAGUUGCCGACUUUAUUUGGGAGUUCAGUAAAUUUGUUAUAGAUGAUGAUAUACUAAGCUCUUUGAUAUCAUUAUUUAACCAAGAGGAUAGUGGUUUACGUCUUUUCGCUGCUCGAGCAUUUGCAUCUGCAUCGAUAUAUCUGGAAAAUGAAAACAAAAACUCAUUAAGAAACUCAUUGGAAAUGUUGAUGACAUUUUACAAAGAAAAAGCUGCUCCAUUAGAAGCUAUCAUGGACGACUAUGGGUUGGUUGCUGUUGCAGCUUCUGAUCGUAAGGAUCCAUGGCAGGACAGAAGUACAGCUGCUAUUGCUUUUAAGGAACUUUCCAAUGAUAUUCCGGAAGAAGACACAUAUGUUGUGGACUUAGUUAAAUUUUUAAUUGAAGAUGGUGCUUUGGGUGACAGAGAACUUCUUGUCCGUCAAGAAAUGAAGGAGGCUGGUAUUGAGAUAAUAACUCUGCAUGGAGCAAAGAAAUCUGAAGAACUAAUACCAAUUUUUGAAAAUACGUUGACUUCAAACAUCGAAACAACUGUUAAGGAGAACGUCAUUAUUCUUUAUGGUACUUUGGCUAGACACUUGGAAGCUAACGAUGCGAGAAUGGAAACUAUUAUCAACAGAUUACUUUCUUCUCUUGAUACACCAUCUGCCGAUGUUCAACAAGCUAUUUCUGAAUGUAUUGGCCCAUUAGUUUUCCAAUUCAGAGAUAAAGUAGGCGAUUACAUUGCAAAUUUAACAAGUCGUUUAUUAGAUCCCGAAUUACCCGUAUCAAUACGUAAAGGUUCUGCAUGGGGUAUUGCAGGUUUAGUUAAGGGUUACGGUAUCCAAGCACUUUCUGAAUUUGAUAUUAUCCGUAACUUAAUCGAAGCGUCUGAAGAUAAGAAGCAGCCAAUCCGUCGUGAAUCUGUUGCAUACGCAUUUGAAUAUCUGUCAAAGUCAUUAAAAAAAUUCUUUGAACCUUACGUCAUCGAAGUUCUUCCAAAUAUUUUAAAAAACCUUGGUGAUGCCGUCCCAGAGGUUCGUAAUGCUACCGCCGAAGCUACUAAAGCUAUCAUGGCUUACACUACAAGUUUUGGUGUUACUAAAUUGAUUCCUGUUGCUGUUUCAAACUUAGAUGAAAUAUCAUGGAGAACCAAGAGAGGUUCCGUUGAAUUAUUGGGUAAUAUGGCUUACCUUGAUCCUACCCAACUAUCUGCAUCCCUGUCUACAAUUGUACCGGAAAUUGUUGGUGUAUUAAACGAUUCUCAUAAAGAAGUACGUAAGGCCGCAGAUGAAUCAUUGAACCGUUUCGGUGAGGUUAUUAGAAACCCAGAAAUCCAAAAACUAGUUCCUACUUUGAUUAAUGCUAUCGGAGAUCCUACCAAGUACACAGAAGAUGCUCUUGAUGCACUAAUCAAUACUCAAUUUGUACAUUAUAUCGAUGGUCCAUCCUUAGCACUAAUUAUUCACGUAAUUCAUCGUGGUAUGCAUGAGAGAUCUGCCAAUACAAAAAGAAAAGCUUGCAAAAUUGUGGGUAAUAUGGCAAUUCUGGUGGAUAUUAAGGAUUUGGUCCCAUAUCUGCAACAGUUAGUCGAUGAAGUCGAGGUUGCUAUGGUUGAUCCUGUUCCAAACACGAGAGCAACAGCUGCCCGUGCUUUGGGUGCACUGGUCGAAAGGUUGGGUGAAGAACAAUUCCCUGAUUUAAUUCCAAGAUUAAUCGACACCUUAAGUGACGAAACGAAGGCUGGUGACCGUCUAGGUUCUGCCCAAGCUCUGGCUGAGGUCAUGAGUGGUCUAGGUCUAUCUAAACUAGAUGAGUUAUUGCCAACCAUCCUUGCUGGGGUUUCCAGUUACCGUGCUUAUGUAAGAGAAGGGUUUAUGCCACUAUUACUAUUUAUCCCAAUCUGUUUCGGUGCUCAAUUUGCUCCCUACAUUAAUCAAAUCAUUCAACCAAUUCUUGGUGGUCUAGCAGACACAGAUGAAGAUAUCCAUGAGACGGCAUUGAAGGCUGGGAAAUUGAUUGUUAAAAAAUACGCUGCUAAGGCAAUUGAUUUAUUGCUACCUGAACUAGAAAAGGGUAUGUUCAAUGAGAAUGAACGUAUUAGAUUAUCAUCCAUACAACUAACAGGUGAAUUAUUAUUCCAAGUUACUGGUAUUUCCUCCAAGAAUGAAUUUUCCGAAGAAGAAGGUGACCACAGUGGUGAAUUUGGUAACAAACUGGUUGAAGUACUGGGCCAAGAUAGACGUGAUAGAGUUCUGGCUGCAUUAUUUGUCUGUAGAAACGAUACAUCAGGUAUUGUACGUGCAUCCACUGUUGAUAUAUGGAAGGCACUUGUCCCAAAUACACCUCGUGCAGUUAAAGAAAUUCUACCUACAUUAACAGUUAUGAUUGUUGGUAGCUUGGCUUCACCUUCUGCAAGUUUGAGAAAUAUUGCUGCCCAAACAUUAGGUGACCUUGUUCGUCGUGUUGGUGGAAACGCUUUAUCACAACUACUUCCAACUUUGUACCAAUCUGUUCAAGAAUCUAAUAGCGCUGAGUCUAAACAAGGUGUUUGUAUCGCUCUAAAUGAAUUAAUCGAAUCUUCUUCAGCAGACACACUCUAUGAAUUCCAAGAUAUUAUUGUCAAGAUAUUACGUGAAACUUUAAUUGACGGUGAUGUAUCCGUUAGACAGGCAGCAGCUGGUGCCUUCGAUUCUUACCAAGAUAUUGUAGGAAAUAUCGCCAUUGAUGAAAUUCUUCCAUACAUGCUACAUAUGCUUGAGUCUGACGAGUCAUCUCAAAAUGCGUUAUCAGGUCUACAAGAUAUUAUGUCAACCAAAUCAGAAGUUAUUUUCCCAAUUUUGAUUCCAACUUUAUUGGCACCUCCUAUUGAUGCUUUCAGAGCAUCGGCAUUAGGAUCGUUGGCAGAAGUUGCUGGUCCAUCGUUGUACAAACGUUUGUCAACUAUAAUCAACGCUCUAGUUAACUCUUUAAUAGACGAAGAACUAGAAGGCGGGAAAUCAACCUUAGAAGCUGCUCUAGAUAAAAUUUUCUUAUCUGUUACUGAUGAGGAAGGUUGCCAUCCAUUGCUGCAACAAAUUAUGGCACUAUUAAAACACGAUGAUCGUAAGAAACGUCUUGUAAUCCUACAACGCCUACCGAACUUCUUUGAGAACACGAAUCUUGACUUUGAUCUGUACAUUCCUGACUUCGUGUCUAACGCAAUUCUAGCACUUGAUGAUGAAGAUCCACAAGUUGUUAAGGGUAACUUCGAAGCUUUGACCACAUUAAUUAAGAAACAAGACAAAUCUAUGCUCGAAAGAUUGGUCAAACCUGCUAAACAAAGUCUACAGAUGGUAGGUAAACAAGGAGAAGAUCUCGAAGCAUUUGCUCUCCCAAGAGGACCAAACUGUGUUUUACCAAUCUUCUUACAUGGUUUGAUGUAUGGUUCGAAUGAUGAGCGUGAGGCAUCCGCAUUAGCAAUUGCUGAUAUUGUUUCAAAAACUCCUGCUGCAAACUUAAAACCUUUUGUCAGUGUUAUCACUGGUCCAUUAAUCCGUGUUGUGGGUGAAAGGUUUAGCAGUGACAUCAAGGCUGCAAUUUUGUUUGCUUUGAAUAUUCUUUUUGUUAAAAUUCCUCAAUUCCUAAGACCAUUUAUUCCUCAAUUGCAAAGAACGUUUGUGAAGUCCUUAUCUGACGCAUCCAACGAAAUUCUACGUCUUCGAGCAGCAAAGGCUCUUGGUACUCUAAUCGAGUAUCAACCUCGUGUCGAUCCAUUGAUUAUCGAAUUAGUUGGUGGUGCUAAGCAAGCAACUGAUGAAGGUGUUAAAACUGCAAUGCUAAAGGCUUUACUUGAAGUUGUCACAAAAGCUGGUUCUAAAUUAAACGAGACAUCCAAAAAGAAUAUUGUGAAUUUAGUCGAAGAAGAAAUGCUUGUUAGUGAUGAUAAGCUUGCAGUUGCGUAUGCUAAACUAAUCGGUUCCUUAUCCGAUAUUUUAACUGAAGAUGAGGCAAAGAAUAUUUUAACUGAAAAAGUUCUAAACAUUGAUUUAUCUGGAGAUUCUGGUAAAUUUGCAAUCCUAACAGUCAAUUCUUUCUUAAAGGACGCUCCAGGCCAUAUCAUUAAUUCUGAAUUAAUUGACAAAUUCGUCCCAUAUAUCAUCGGUGCUAUUGAUUCUUCCGAUGCUUACUUCACUGAAAAUGGUAUCAUUGCUGCCGGUAAAAUGCUUUUAUUGGAAAGUGAGACGAAAUCACCAUUUUCGAAGCACGAAUCUUCUGAACCAUUAUAUGUUGGCGAAUCUAAUAUUAAAUUACUAAUGGAAAGUCUAAGUAAGUGUACAUUAAAACCGGUUUCAAACUCGAUGGAUGCAAGAAGACUAGCUUUAGUUGUAAUUCGUACAUUAGCUAGAUUCAAAAUGACUGAAUGCAUCAAGCCAUUUAUUGACAUGCUGACUAUUGCAAUUUUCUCAUGUUUACGUGACCCUAUUAUUCCAAUUAAACUAGCUGCUGAAAAGGCAUACUUGGCUAUAUUUAAUCUAAUUGAUGAAACCGAAAUGGAAAGUUUCACAACGUGGUUCGAUGACUUCUCAGUUAAAAACUCUAGCGUAGAGAAUCUUGUCGGUACCGCCAUUCAAAUGAGAUCUAUUGGUGACUACACCAAGAGAGUCGGUAAAAGAUUAGCUAACGUUGAAAGAGAGAGAAUCGCCGCAGGUGGUGAUGCUGAGACCAUGUUCAGUGAUAGAUUCGAAGAUGAAAAAGAGAUAUGGUCUGUUGGUGGUGUUGAACUGAAUACAGAAGACUUAUCGUAA